AUGACAACCCUCGAUACCUUACCAAAUGAGAUUCUUUCGCUAGUCACAAACCAUCUCGAACGGCCGCGAGACUUACUUUACCUUUCUUUAGCUAGUCAGCGCUUGAAUGAGUUUGCAAAACUUGACGGAUGGAAAGCCCUGCUCAAAGGACGAUUUGGGCUCGGUGGGCUGGAUACAGACGCUCGUAAUUCCGUCCAUGGCUUAACAACACUAUGUCGGAACUGGGAUCGCAAAGGUUUCGUCGCCAGAUACAUUGAUCCCACUGAAAAAAUCAUGAGCAUGAACACAUGGCAGCCUGAGCGGUGGAGAGGCCCGCAGGGCCAAACCAUGGGAUACCAACCUAGAAUUGACAGCUAUGAAGAGAUUUACGGAGCAUGGGGGGAAAGAAGGGAAGUGCUUGCAUGGUCUGCCGGCACACAGAUUCUGCUCAGAACUAAAGAGACGGGCGCGAACAUUGAAAAAAUUAGAAGAAGAGAGGAAGGACUGGAGCAACCGUCUGAUCAAACAUGGGUUUAUGAUGCCUUUAAACACUUGAACACGUGGUUCACAUACAAGAUACCAGAUAGCUUUGAAGGCCGAGACGACAUCACAGAUCUGAAGCUACUUCGACCACACCAGCGGGAUCUGGCCAGCGAAGAAAUGGUCUUUGGAACUGCGUCGGGCCAGCUAUCGCUGCUCAGUGUAAGCCCUGAUUUUGCCGAAACCCGUGUUCAAAACUACGAUACAAACAGGCGGCGCGUCAACAGUAUCUCGAUAUCUUCGUCAGGCAUGCCAAUGCUGGCUGCAGUACUCGCAGAUUCAUCACUCGCUAUCUAUCAUAUAAACCGCGACCGCUUCUCUGAGCAUCCAAUCGCGCCAUCCUCGGAGGUCAAGAGAAUCUCGAAAGACCCACCGUAUGGUCGAAUAUGGUCUUGCGAGUUUUUGUCGGAAGAUAGGGUUGUUAUAGGAUUAGGCCCUAACAUAGCACCCAUCGAGGUUUACCAGAUUGGACCCGACGGACUACUCCCUCAGCCUCUUCGCAAGUUCAAUAUCACCGCCAUUAAUACAGCAUCUCCGCGACCUAAUUCGGUCUAUCCCGUACUACCCAUUCCGACCACAGCACAGGGUGGAUCAGAUGCAGGCAACACUUUCCUUUCUGGCGGUUACGAUGGCAUCAUCAGACUGCACGACAUGCGCUCACUAAAAGCCUGCGAACCCAUGUUCUGGGACCCAACAAACGACUCACCAGUAUACUCGCUCGCUGCCCAAGGUCUCGAACGCAUAGUAUCAGGAGUAUCCAUGCACAGCAUGAUCAAAGUGUUCGACAUGCGCAUCUCCGGUUCCCACGCAUACCACACCAUCGCCUCGCCAACCAAACCCAAAGCUCCAACCAAGUCCACCAUUAACUCGACCAAAACACAAGCCUCAACCAUCAGCGGCGGCUGGAAUGUCUACCUCAACCCUCGCAUCCCUCCACCCCGUAACGCCUACCGGCACGACUACUCCCGGGUCCGCGACGACUCCCCCGUCUACAGUCUCUCAAUCCCAUCACCCACAUCACAAAACCUCUACGCCGGCCUCGAAGGCGUGCUUGAAGCCCUCACCUUUCACGGCAUCGCAGACCAGCACCCCGACUCCAUGCUCUCGAACUCCAUCGUCUACUAUGACGGUGACGCCAAGAAAAUCGACCUGGCCGCUUCCUUCAACCCCAACCAAGACGUGCUCAAUCUGGGAAUGUACGAACAAGGCACCAAGGAGGGCCUGGGCUCCGGGGGUGGUACUGAGAGGAGGGAGGAGAGGAGGAAGAGGAAGGAGGGGUAG